AUGGUGAAACUAUCAAUCAUAUUUAUGGUUUUUUGCUUAGCAAACACUAUUGCAACUCCCACGGCCCAAAUUGUUGACAAGCGGCCCGAAUCAGUCAAAGCAUGGUUCAAAAACCUCCCAAAUGCCAAGGAAAAGCUUGCCACACUUCACUUCUAUUUCCACGACACCGUCGCCAGCGAGAAUCCGUCGGCUGUCACGGUUGCCGAGGCCAACGCGACUAAGUAUCCUACAAAUUUCGGUUUGAUAAGGAUGAUGGAUAAUCCGCUAACCGUUGGGCCCGAGAUCGAUUCCAAGAUUAUUGGUCGAGCGCGUGGGGUAUAUGGCGGGGCCUCAAUCGAGGAUAUCGACCUACUCAUGACCCUGAACUACGUGUUCACCGAAGGCGAAUAUAAUGGUAGCACGCUCAGCGUGCUCGCCCAUAACCCGAUUUUGGACGAGUACCGAGAGAUGGCAAUCGUCGGGGGCACGGGCGUUUUCAGAUUGGCACGGGGGAUUGCUACCGCGCGAACCACUUGGUUUAAUAUGACCUCUCAAGAUGCUGUUGUUGAGUACCAUGUCAUGGUUUUGUAUUAUGUAAAUGAAUGAUGGUUGUAUUUUAUUUCGUGUUUCACUAAUAAUGUCUAAUUUGAUUUUCUC